AUGGUAUUCAUUGGUGAUAAAGGAUGCCGUUUUACCUCCGACAUUUUAGAGUUUUUCACUAACAGGUUCAGUCUAUUCGACGAAAAUCUUUUGGAUGAGAAUACCAUUGUUUUAGUCACCGGUGGCUCCGGUGGCCUUGGAUUGGAACUUGUAAAAAGACUACUUGUAUGCAAAAAUAAGGUCAUCAUUGUGGACAUACAUCCGCCCACGACUGAUUUCGGUACAGCUGAUAGGGUAGUAUUUUAUCGAUGUGACAUUACAGACUACGACCAGGUAGAGGAACUCUAUAAUAGAAUAAAAUAUGAGCAUGGUACCGUGAGUAUCCUUUUGAAUAAUGCAGGGUUAACCAGUAUCUCCCUACUCAAGUCUUCUUCAAAUGACGACAUGCGGCGGGUCAUAGAUGUGAAUUUUAUUGGGGCCUAUAAUAUGAUCCAGAUCUUUUUGCCAGAAAUGAUCAAGAAUAACAGAGGCUAUGUAGUCAAUAUUGCGUCUAUACUUGGCGUUAUAACUCCAGCAAGAUUGAGUUCGUAUGGUGCUUCUAAGGCAGGUCUCAUCGCUCUGCAUAUAUCAAUUACCCGCUAUCUGAGAUCAAACUACGGCAAAAACAACAUCAAAACACUGUUGGUUUGUCCAGGGAAACUAAAAACUACGAUGUUUCAAAAUGUCGAAACACCUUCGAAGUUUUUGGCUCCGGAUGUUGAACCUUCGAAGUUAGCUAAACGAAUCCUCACGUCAAUCGAAUGCAACGCCACAAAUACUCUAAGUUACCCAUACUACACAAACAUUGUUCCAUUUUUCAAGGAGCUCAAUUGGCCCCAUAUAAAAGCUUUCAAGAAAUUCAGUGGCAUGAAUAAAGUAACUGCUAUUUAA